UCAAAGCCGCCCCGUUCAUCCCUGCCCAGUCGCGGUUCUGCCACCAUCACCCCAUUCCGUCGCCUGAGGAGUGUCACGAAGGCGAGAGAAAGCUCGUGCGCGCAGGGGAGGGGAAGGAGGCGCUGGUUGGCCGCCGCACCUCGCCGUCGAUCGCCAUUGAACCGCGCCGGACCCAGAACUGCGAACGUGAGGGGUGCGAUGCAGGAGCCCGAUGCGAGGAAGAGGGAGCGUGCGUGCACGCGCAGGAGAAAGGCGACGCUGCUGUCACCGUCGUUGCUGAGCUGUGCCGCCAUCAACCUUGCCGCAGUGUCAGUCGCCGUCCUCUAUGGCAGAGCCAGAGAGAGAGAGUUCGGGAGCCGAGCAGACAAGAGAGAUCUGAAGGUGUGCUGGGAGUCCAGCCACCGCGCCCGGCCGCCGUUCGCGUUGCCGGCGCCGCCUCCGUCGGAACUGCCGCCGUCAGAAAAGGGUUCUGGCCGCCAGGAGUGGUUCUGUGACUUCUGGGACCACCGCCGAAGCCCCUGGCUGUUUCUGCCGUCACCGGAGAAUCCUACCGGUAAGGCUUUUAAGUUGAGUUUCCCUUCUGUUGAGUUUCCUGGAACUUCAUCGUCGCUGCGUGUGGUUCAGAUCGCCGCUGCUGCUUGGGGCUGACUGCCGGGUUGCCGCCAAACCGGUUCGGAGACCGCCGCUGUUUCGGUUCAACCGUUCCUUCUUCGGUUCGAGUUGUUGAGAUUGUUGCGAAC